AUUUCAUUUUGAUGACCAAGAUACUCCUGCUGCAGUGAAGAGCCACGUGGAAGCUGAAAAUUUGGAAGGACCUCAGACUGGGAGGGAUGAGCAGGUUGUUCUCGUGCAAAGAACAAAAUGUAUUGCUACGUCUUCUGUACAGAAAGAGAAAUCUUUCUCUUCGAUCGUCUUAACAGCUGUAGCAAAGGGAACGCUUGGAAAAAGGUAUUCAGCCUCAAUAUCACCGCCACCGCCUCCUCCUGUGAAAGAUGAAGAUGCAGAAAUAAAAAACAAAUGUGAAUUUUUAAUUGAUGAAUCAGAUGGUUUAUCUCUUAAUUCUUGGUUUUCAAUACCACGUAAGAACAAAAAAUCAAAAAAAGGUGGCUCUGCGACUCCUGUUUCUAAAUCUCAGCCCUCUGAAAAGGAGAAGACAGAGAGUAAGAAGGGCAAGAACAGAAAAGUACAGGCUGAAGCACUUACUGAGCAGAAAGUGGAUGAUUUGGAUGUCAGAGUAUAUGACUUCAAACGAACAUCAGAAUCAGAUCCAGUCUCUAACAGUGAAGGAAAGGUCCUUAAAUCUCAGAGGCGAAAUAGUAGUCGUGUGGGAGAGACUAAAAAGGAUGCACUUAGACAAGGCUCUCUGAACCAGAAAAAGGACAAGUCCUGGAAACCAGAAGCUGACGAUCUGGUGUUGUCACAGUCUAGGUUGGAAACAAAAGCAUCUGAUGCAGAACAGUGUAAAACAAGGGUGAUGCCAAGUGAGGAUUUGCCCGUGCCCUCAGCUGGGCAUCAGCAAGAGUGGACUGUGUCUCCAAAAAAGAAUUGCACAUCUUCCAAACGUCUGCAGUCGGCUUCAAAAGCUUCUCAGCAUUUAGUUCACAAGAAACAAACUGCUAAGCAGAAACUUCCAAAAGGUACAGUAGCUAAGAGACUGGCAGGAAGUCCGAGAAAGAAGCUUAAAAAAUCUGAGAAGAAAAGUGGUAAUAAAAAGCCUCAGUUACAAAGAGAGGAGAGUUCUGGCAGUGAACUUGGUGAAGAAGAGCUUGAAAGAGAGCCUGUAAAAUCGCCUGAAGUGUUUACCUCACCCCUGCAUCAGAAAAUACAGAGUUCUGAGUCUGAAAAGCCUAAAAAUGUAUCACACACAUUGGAGUCGCUUAGUGAUGCAAAUAAAAAAACUCCUGUGAAAGCACUACAACAUCUCACAGACAGUGUGAAGGAUUCUGAAAAGAAACAGUUGCCAGCUACGUCUUCAGGGAAGAUACCCAAAAAAAUUCAUCUCAGAACCUGUCAGUGGAUUUGCACAAGCCCUGAGAGCACGGAGUCUCAAACGGAUUCUGACAGCUCUUCUGUACAGAACAUGGCAAGAAAACCCCAGAAGUUACCAGAUGUGAAAAUAAAAAGGAACAAAAGAAAACGUAACAUGCCACAUGGACUACAAGGUUCCUUUGCAGCUGAGAAGUCUACCCGUUGUGAAAGAAAUACCAGUGCUCCUAGAACUGGUAACAACUGCACUAAUAAAGUCGCUUGCUGUAAUGUUCCUUUGACAUUUGACAUAUUCAAGGAGGUGUAUUUUUUUUUUUUUACUUCCAGAAAUAAGUCUUGUGAGCAGGAUAAUACAUUUUCAGAUAGUUCUGAAGAUUUGAAUUCUCAAUUGAAAGAUCUGUUGUCAGACGACAUGGCAAGACAUAAAAUAGUAAUGCCUUCCAACACACCUAACGUUCGUCGGACAAAAAGGAUACGAUUGAGACCUCUGGAAUAUUGGCGAGGCGAGCGUAUAAACUAUACGAUGAGGCCUUCAGGGGGUCUUAUGAUUAGUGGAAUAGUAUGUCCAGAAACAGAACCUCACAGGAAGAUUAAACGGAGGAAGCGUGAUCAGAAGCAGAAAAGAGAUGAAACAAGAAGUGAGAUACCUGCAAAUUUGUGUUACACCCUUGCUGAUACUUCUAAGCCAACCGCUGUUCUGGACCCAGUAACAAAUGAGGAAAUACUUCUAGAAUGUAUUAACACCAAAAGCAGUCACUCAUGCUUCUACAAAGAUGAAUCGGUAGAGAUAUAUAAAAAUUUGAAUACAUCUGAUUUUGCCACUGGUAAAUUGAUUUUGAAACCAUUGAAAGAAAAGGGACACCAGUUUGUCCACAUGGAUACAAUAGCUUUCCAUGUUAUCCAUGGUAAAAUUGUUGUUACCUUGCAUAAGACACCAUAUUGUCUGACUACAGGGGACAAUUUCUAUGUUCCAGCAGGAAAUGGAUAUAACAUACUUAAUCUUCUGAAUGAAGACAGUGUUCUUUUCUUCACACAACUCAAAAAAGACAGACCAAAAGAAAGAAGCAUGUUGUUGGAGACCUCUUCCCCAUAA